AUGAGUGAAAUGAAGCAGGUGAAGUUAUCUGAUCCAGGGGAGAACUAUAGAAAUCGAAUCUACGCAGAUGCAGGAAGUAGAUGUAGUCCAGGGACAGAUAGGUAUUGUUAUAAGGAACUGACUGGAACAACAACAGCCCAGAAGGGUUUUUACGGAAGGUGGAGCUCUACACAGCAGAAGGACAACUUAUCAACCCUAUGGCAAUACGCAAGUAAAUCGCGCGAGGCAUUCGAAACCAACAAUACCCUAGUGCAGGAAGAUCAGGAUUGGAAGGCAAUUCUUGAUUGUGUAGUGGAGCGAGCAGUCAGCUUGCCAAAGGUAACCCUAAUAACCCCACAAGGGAAGACGAAGAUAUGGGAACAAGCGUAUUGGAACUACAUGACGAAAAACGAUGUAGGGACGAGCUGGGCAAACGUCGCGCCAGGUCAGAGCUUAUUAUCAGGUAUAGUCUGUGUUAUGUAUGGACUGCUGAGACCCACAGGAAUAACACAACACCCUCCUGACCGGGUGAGGCAGGACUGCAAACGCGUAUACGAGGAUGUCAUGAUUGAGUUGGAGACGGAUCCGCAGCUACCCGCAGAAGGGACGGGAGUUGGUUUGGAAACCUUUCUGAGGAGGAUAAAGGAGCCAGGAACAGAAGACAGAGUAGCAAACAGUAGUCUAGGCUUCCUUUUAGCAGUUGUCUGGGGAGUAACAAAGUGUACAAAAUGGACACCAGGGUGGACACUGGGAAGGUACUUAGCGGGGAACAGGGAGGGGCUGCAGCAGCUUCCACCGUGUUUUAUACAUAAUGGAGAAGUGAGAUGUGGAGCAGGAGAGGUGAAACCGGGGGAGGCAACGUUCACGCUUUAUAAUCAAGGUGAAACACAACUUGAACCCGUCACCAGGAAAGAUAAAACAAAACAAGUCAAAGUAAAGGCAGCGGAACCCCCGAACCUCAAGUCCCGAAAGGUCGCAAAUGGCGUAGCAGGACGUCCCCCCGCCAGAGCCCCCGGACAGGAAAACCCCAGCGGGUCAUGGCAGUCAAUCGAUACCCCAACUAUUCAGAUAAGUAACAAGCAACCAUCAGCCGACGCGCCGGUGAUACCCCCCCACAAAUCGAUAAACGCAGAGGCAACAGCGCAGAGGAUUCAAUCUGUCGAACACCAGUCUGACAGAGCUAUCGACAGUGGGGCACGAACUUUACAUCCUCAGGACACCACAGAUGAUUCCUCCAAAAAGAAUCAGGUAGCCCAAAGAGCUUCGACUGAGCCGAAAGGGAACCAGACGACAGCCGAGGACAAGGGAACGAGCCCAGUAGAAAGGAACCCGGAGGUUUCUGCAGGGUUAAGUGAGGGUCUACAAAAUCUGAAAGAGGAGGCAGGAGUUCGACCCCCCCAGGGCUAUCCCGACUCAGGAACCGACAAGACCCAGACAAGUUCCAGUAUUGGUAUGGAAUUAGGGGUGGUAGCGUCUGUCAUUUCAGGCGCAGCAGCGGUUUAUGGGAUGUACAAGAUCUAUUGGCCAGGCCUGAGAAGAAACAGGAGACCGAACUCUUGGCUAGACGAUCCAAUAAGGGUAAUGUACCAAAGCUCCUAA